ACGGAAUGGACAAGAGAAGCACGUACACUGUCUCGCUGCACUGCUCUUGCCUGCUGAGCGUUCUGUUCUUGACGCUUGCGACGGAAACGAGGAUGACGAAGGGGUGCAUGGACGCGGAGAGGGACGCCCUCCUCGCCUUCAAAGCCGGCAUCGACGACCCAUCCCACCGCCUGUCGUCGUGGCGACGCCGAGUGGACUGCUGCAGAUGGAGCGGCGUGGUGUGCGACGACAGCACGGGCCACGUCGUGCAGCUCAAUCUCCAAAAUGCGGGGAACAUGACUUUCGAGUCGGUCGAGGCGGCUCUGCGUGGUGAGAUAAGUCCAUCCUUGAUCUCUUUAACGCAUUUGGAUCGCUUGGAUCUCAAUCACAAUGACUUCGAGGGUUCCCGGAUCCCAGCAUUCCUGGGCUCUUUUCCGAAACUGAGAUACCUCGAUCUCUCUUGGUCCAACUUCAGCGGAGCCAUUCCGCCCCAGCUGGGCAACCUGUCGAGCCUCCGCUAUCUGGAUCUGCGUUCAUACGACUUAACCACCGACGGCCUAGACUGGCUCUCGCGUCUCUCUUCCCUGAGAUACCUCGACAUGAGCGGCGUGAACCUCAGCACCGCCUCCCACAACUGGAUACAUGCAGUGAACCGGCUGCCUUCCCUCCAACAACUCUAUUUGUCAUCCGGUUGUGGCCUCACCACCCUCCCCACCUCUCUUUCCCAUGUCAACCUCACGGCCCUCGCCGAUCUGGAGCUCCGUGAUAACUCGUUCAACUCCACCUUCCCCAACUGGCUUUUUGAACUCCCCCGCCUCUCCAAUCUCGCGAUCAGCAACUCUGAAUUGCAUGGCACCAUACCGACUGGGUUUGGAAACUUGACUCGUCUCACACGGCUCGACCUUACCGGCAACUCGCUUGCCGGUUCCAUACCCGCCGAUAUAUGGAGUUUGACCAGUCUGACCCUCCUCGACCUCAGCCAUAAUUUGUUUACGAGUCGUCUUCUACCACAGAUCGGGAACAUGACUCGUUUGUCACAGCUAACCCUCGUUCACUGUUCGCUUAUUGGCUCCAUCCCUACCGAGAUCGGGUACCUGACUAGUCUCACGGAUCUAAGCCUCAGUGGUAAUUCACUGACGGGUCAAAUACCCAUCGAGAUCGGGAAUCUGUCUAAUCUAACCAAUCUCGACCUGAGUCAUAAUCUGCUCUCCGGACUUAUACCACCAGAGAUUAGCAAGCUUUCCAACCUAAUCACCCUCGAUCUCUCCAGUAGCUAUUUGGAGGGAACUGUGUCCGAACGCCAUUUCGCUAACAUCACAAAACUAAUCGUCCUGUGCCUGUACGACAACCCCUUGGCCAUGCAAUUCCACCACAACUGGGUCCCGCCGUUUCAACUCCAGACCGUUAAAUUGGACGCCAUUAAAUUGGGCCCUACGUUUCCCACGUGGCUUCGUUCCCAGAAAUCCAUCAUGGAUUUGGAUAUGUCCAACACGAGUAUCCAAGACGCGGUGCCCCUUUGGUUCUGGAAGAAUUCUUCUUCUUCCAGCAUCAUGGAUAUCAACCUCUCCCACAAUCAAAUCAGUGGCACUCUGCCAGCGUCCUUGGAGAGCAUGUCCUGCUUGAUGUUCUUAAAUUUGAGCUCCAAUACGCUUCGAGGUCACAUUCCUGCUUUGCCAUCGAACCUACAAGCACUAGACCUAUCGAACAAUUCUUUGUCCGGUUCGCUUCCAUGGACCCUGUCACCGUUCUUGGCAUACUUAUUCCUCUCCCGCAAUUAUUUUCGGGGAAGCAUACCAUCCGACAUCUGCGACUUGCAGCAACUCUAUGCUCUCGAUCUAUCGAACAACCAGAUAUCCGGAGAAAUCCCUCAGUGUUGGCAGGAGGCAACGAAACUAUUCUUCGUUAAUCUGUCGAAUAAUAGGCUGUGGGGGAAAAUUCCUGACUCCAUCGGAAACUUGAGCAACCUUGAGUUCUUGCACUUAAACAACAACAGUCUCUCCGGACGUAUUCCGCCGUCGUUGCGAUAUUGCAAUCGGUUAGCUAUUAUUGAUCUCGGCGACAACAAAUUUUCCGGGAACAUACCGACAUGGAUCGGACAGAGCUUGCAAAAUCUGGAGGUGCUUCGACUGCGCUCGAAUAUGUUAUCAGGCAAUAUUCCUAUGCAACUCGGGCAGCUGAGAGAUCUUCAGAUCAUCGACCUCUCCAAUAACAGACUGUCGGGGUCAGUGCCGCACUCGUUUGGCAAUUUCAGUGCGAUGAUCUCUAUCUCCAAGUCGAUGUCCUCUACGAUAUCAAACAAUGUAGAGUUUGUGCUAUCCUCUUUUGUGGCCAGCGAAAGCAUAUCUCUGGUCACGAAGGGAGAUGAGUUCAGUUUCUCGACCAUUCUCAAUCUCGUGAAAAGCAUCGACCUUUCAGAUAACGAGCUAUCCGGAGUGAUUCCUACGGAAAUUGGUUCUCUUUUUGCACUGCAAACCUUAAAUUUAUCCAGAAAUAGUUUUGGCGGCACGAUUCCUGCAGCGGUUGGUCGGAUGAAGUCAUUGGAAACAUUGGAUCUGUCGUUCAAUGAGUUAUCUGGCGUCAUUCCCGAAAGCUUUUCAGCGCUAGAUUCUCUGAGCCACUUGAAUUUGUCGUACAACAACCUAUCAGGAGUCAUUCCAUCAGGGAAUCAACUUCGGACGCUCGAUGAUGCAUCCAUUUACAUCGGCAAUGCGUAUCUCUGUGGACCUCCGGUCACCGAGAGUUGCGUCAACGAGACUAAUGUCGAUUUCGAAGAAGAAGAAAACAAAACAGAAUCUGAUGUGCUAUCAUUUACUUUCAGCAUUGCACUCGGAUAUUUGGUCGGAUUAUGGAGCGUAUUUAUCAUUAUUCUUUUCAAGAAAGAUUGGAGGAUCUUCUACUUCCGAGUGAUGGAUAACUUGUGCGACAAGAUUUACGUAGCAUUCAAGAUACGGAUCGCUAGGUUGGCGAUGGAUUAAAGGUCAAUGCAUUCGAAUAUCCCUACUUCACAUUUUAAAGGAAUGGUUUGUCGAUUAGAUGGUUGUGUGAUGAUUUCGAAAACUCACGGAGUCACCCAGGGAGUCAAAGGUAGCUCAGUGCAUCCCAUCCGUCCAUUUGGGUGUUAGCCAGGAUGAUCUCUCGGGAACAAAAGCAUAUGGGAAUCAACUUGGGAUCCAUCCAUUUGCGUUGUAAAUCUAUAUCUUUAUUGGUGAUUAGGUAAUAAGAGUUGCAUAAUCAAGUUAAAUUUAAAUAAGUACGAAAUCAUUAAUUUUGAAGGGAAUACAAAAA